UCCGGCGGCGUUCGGGCCUUUUCCCAGGCUGCCGCCGGGCCGGAAAGAAGGAACGGGCUGGAGGCGAGCGGCGGCGGAUGGAGGCGGCGGGGAGGCUCUGGGUCUGGAGGAACAGCAUGCCACGCGGCUCCUGGCUGGAAACGCUCCGUGCUUUUGCCCUGCGGACUCCAGGAAACCUUCUUUUUUGGUGAACUGAACCCUGCCCUCCUUUUUUCUUUGCUGCAUGCCCACUCACGAGUGCUGGAUUAUGUUUGUCUCCUUCUCCCUUUGCUCCAUAAUUUGGCUGAACCGCGGUUUCAAGCUGAGGAAAAGGGGCUGCACCUAAGCAAGCCGGGGCACUGGGACCAGGCUCCUGAGGUGCCGGUUUGUGCAGAGACGUUCAGACUGCUGAUGGGGGAGAGCUGCCCCUGAGGUCUCUCCUCUCCCACCCAAAGGACGCUGCCUCGCUGUUCAGAGCCGUCUCCUCAUGGCAGAGAGAAUGGGCAGCACUGACGGGUUCCAGUACCGUGCGCUCUAUCCUUACCGCAAGGAGCGCGAGGAGGACAUUGACCUGGUGCCUGGGGACAUCCUGGUGGUGAGCAAGGGAGCCCUGCAAGCCUUGGGCUUCAAAGAUGGGGACGAGCAGAACCCCAACCAGAUCGGGUGGAUCCUGGGUGUCAAUGAGAGAACCAAGCAGAAGGGUGACUUCCCCGGCACGUACGUGGAGUACGUGGGGCCCGUGAAGAUCUCCGUCCCUUCACACCGGCCCCGAGUGCAGAGACCCCUGCCUGCAACACCAGGAGCCAGUGGCUGCCGACUGCAGGAGGCUCUUGAGCAAGGGUCUCCUCUCCCCGACCUGCAGGAGCAGUUCAGCCCUCCAGAGGUUGCACCUCCACUGCUGGUGAAGCUGGUGGAAGCCAUUGAGAAGAAAGGCUGGCUGCAGAACGGUGCGUGCGCUGGGACUCACAGCAGCGUCCUCCCUUCUGCAGGGUUAGACAGCGAGAUGUUGUACAGGACAUCUGGCUCCGAACUGAGGCAAGCUCUAAGAACCGAUUGGAGCCUGGGUGACCUGGAGCCCUUUGAUGUGCACUCCCUGGGCGAAGCGCUGCGAGGCUACCUGCAGGACCUGCCCUCCCCUGUGGUGCCAGUGUCUGUGCAUGGAGACAUCCUUCGCAUCCUGCAGGAGAUCCCCCAGCCAGAGAAUUGCCGGAAACAGCUGCUGCUGGCCUUGGAGUCGCCUGCGAUCCCACUCCAGAACACGCUCACCCUACAGUUCCUGCUCCGGCAUCUGGGGAAGGUAUCGCAGCAGGCCGAGAGCAACAGCCUCCACCCUCAGGCCCUGGGAGAGAUCUUUGGCCCCCUUCUCCUCCGGCUGCCCGGCGCCAGCCCGGAGCUGAGUCCUGACUUCUCUGUGCUUUUUCUGGAGAUGCUUCUGCAGACGAAGGAGUUGGAGCCAGAACAGUUGCCUCCAGCAUUGCCUCCAAAACCACCGAAGCCAAAGCCCAGUGCAGCCAGCCUGGCCAAUGGGAACAGUGUGCCCUUGCAGGACGCCGAGUGGUACUGGGGUGACAUCUCCCGGGAGGAAGUGAAUGAGAAGCUGCGGGACACACCAGAUGGUACCUUCCUGGUGCGUGAUGCCUCCAGCAAGAUCCAGGGGGAGUACACACUCACACUCAGGAAAGGAGGCAAUAACAAGCUGAUCAAGAUCUUUCACCGAGAAGGGAAGUAUGGCUUCUCAGAGCCCCUGACUUUUGGCUCAGUGGUGGAGCUCAUCACACAUUACAGGCAUGAGUCGCUUGCCCAGUACAACGCCAAGCUGGACACCAGGCUGCUCUACCCCAUCUCCAAGUACCAGCAGGACCAAGUGGUAAAGGAGGACAGUGUGGAAGCUGUAGGGGAACAGCUGAAGGUCUAUCACCAGCAAUACCAGGACAAGAGCUGGGAGUAUGAUCUGCUGUAUGAGGAGUACACCCGCACUUCACAGGAGCUGCAGAUGAAGAGGACGGCAAUUGAAGCCUUUAAUGAAACGAUCAAGAUCUUUGAGGAGCAGUGUCAGACACAGGAGAAAUGCAGCAAGGAGUACAUCGAGCGCUUCCGACGAGAGGGCAACGAGAAGGAGGUGCAGCGGAUCCUCAUGAACUCAGAGAAGCUCAAGUCUCGCAUCACGGAAAUCCACGACAGCAAGAUGAAGCUAGAGCAGGACCUGAAGAAACAGGCCUCGGAAAACCGGGAGAUCGACAAGCGCAUGAACAGCCUCAAGCCAGACCUCAUGCAGCUGCGCAAACUGCGGGACCAGUAUUUGGUGUGGCUGACGCAGAAGGGUGCCCGGCAGAAGAAAAUCAACGAGUGGCUGGGUAUCAAGAACGAGACAGAGGAUCAGUACUCCAUGAUGGAUGACGAGGAGGAACUGCCCCACCACGAGGAGCGGACGUGGUACGUGGGGAAGAUCAAUCGCUUGCAGGCAGAGGAGAUGCUGUGUGGCAAACGGGACGGCACCUUCCUGAUCCGUGAGAGCAGCCAGAAGGGGUGCUAUGCCUGCUCCGUGGUGGUGGAUGGUGACACCAAGCACUGCGUGAUCUACAAGACAGCGACUGGCUAUGGGUUUGCAGAGCCCUACAACCUGUACGCCUCCCUCAAGGACCUGGUCUUGCACUACAAGCACACGUCCCUGGUGCAGCACAAUGACUCCCUGAAUGUCACGCUGGCUCACCCGGUCCUUUCCCAGCCACCAGCCAGAUGAACAGACCAUGCACAACACAACAGCUGCCUUCAGCUUCUCCCCAGAGCGCUGCUUUCUGGCUCUGGACUCUUGCACCCUGUAUAGUUGAGUCUCUGUGCUCCUGCCCCUCCAGAGCAUCUGAGAUGUCUGUGACCGUUCCUGGUGUCCCUUUUGGUCAGUAGCUGAAACCCGUGUUGGCUGAUGGGACAAAAAGGCUGGAAUGUUGACUCGCAGCGGCCUCCAGCCCUAAAGAGGUGGGAUCUGGUUGUGAUUGAUUUGCUGUGGAUGAGCGCAGCUUCCUCCCCUUCCCCAACAAACAGGUCAGAUCCCCUUCUUGCUGGCAGGUUGCCCCGCUAUGCAUCACCGUAGAGCUAGAUCCCAAUUCCUCUGCACUGUGGUGUCAUUCCCUGCCCAGCUGAGCAGCACUGGCACAUUCUGAGCGAGGGGCUCCUUGCCAGAUCCUGGAGGAGAAGGAGGAGGAGGAGGAGGACGACGAGCCUCCGCUGAGCAUGCGUCCUCCACUCUCACUUCCCUCUUCCCUCAGUGACUUUGCAGGCGGGGGUGGGAGCUGCUGUCUGGUACGAGGGGUGCUGCUCUUCCAUGCAGAGACUCAUUUCAAAAAGAAGGUGGUGUCCUCCAUGGGGCAGCGGGGGUGCUGGGAGGAGGGAUUCUUGGCUGAGGUCUCCGCUCCAUCCUGUGCCCCAUCUCGCUGUCUUGUUCCCUGGUGUCAGAGCCACCUCUGUAGUGUCGCUGUCUGGGGAGGGAGGAUGUGGUUUGUGACGAAUCUCUCACCUUAGUUGUGCCAACUAAGCUGUGAAAUCCGUGUUGGUACCCGUGUUUUUCCCGGCAGAAUCCGUGGGACGCACAGCUCUUUGUUUCUGGUUGUCUUUGGUGAAUCUCUGCGAGUGUAACCCGUUGAAGCUAACUGUAGCUCUGUAAAUAUGGUUCUUUUUGUAAUUGGCUGCUUACCUCAUCCUGCUGAACUCCCACUGCGACAUGCAAGGCGUGGGCAGCGGCUGGGCGGGCUGCUGAGCUCGGGGCAGGAGGGGUGGGAGGCUGACGCACACUACGAGCCCUGCACAAAAUGAAGGACCUCUGCUGCAGGAGGGUGGCAUUUCCGCUGGGCCUGGGGCCUGAGCACGUAGGGAUGUAUAUGCAUGAUAGCCAACUACGUAUGCAAAGCACUUAUGUUCACGAGUACUGUAUGGGGAUGGCUGUAGAGCUGCCCAUUGCGGCUGGCUGGCACAGGCAGUGCUUGGGGCAUCUCUUUGGAAAAGGCUGAGUUCAGAGGGCUCCAGGGCAGCGGAGGAGGUGUGGGGUGGGCCCUGCAGGAGCUUUAACAGCCGGACCUGGGCUCUGAGUUGAGGCUGUGGUGGCUUUUGCUUUACUGCAUCAUCCUGAGUGCCCGGCUUGAAGAAAGCAUCGAUCGUCCUCUUGAUUUGCCUGAGAGGCUCUUUCCCUUACAGAGGCCACGUCCUCAGGACAGGCUGGUGGAUGCUGUAGGCUUUGCUGCUUCUGCUUUGUGUUAUGAUGGGCUGUGCUGGGACCUCAGUGCUGCAGUGCUGUGUGUGCUCUGCCCACGUCCCGUCCUCCAUGCGCUGUCUGCAGUGGGGCAUGCAGCAUUUCAUGCUCCCAGUUCCCACGAUCAGCUCUGCUGCUCGCAUUGAUCCAGGCCGCUCCCCGGAUCCUUUUUGGAUCUGGGAUUGCUGAUACAAAUGUUACGUUCCUGUCGCUUGUGGCAGCUCUCCUUCCCCCAGCUGUACAGACCCCAUUCCUUGCUCUUUGCGCCCUCCAUGGGCCCUGGGCUGUGUGCUGGGGCUCCCCUGCUCUGUCAGUGUUUGGUGCUAUCACUCGGGAGGAUCGCAUGGCGAUCAGUGAUAAUUAAUAAUUAACAAUUAAGGGAAGAGUUUGGGCUGGGACACGAGAGCUCAGAUGGACAGUAGGGCUGGCAGCCCCAGUGCUCAGUGUGUAAUAAUUAUUGGAGGUGAUUUAUUGAGAGUCACUCACGCUCCAUCUGCAAGGAAAAAAACAAUAUAAAAAUGUCCUGAGAGGAGGAAUUUUAGGGAGAAUACCAUUGCAGGCCCAACCUGAAGCAGGAGGAUGGCACUGCUGUCUUCUGGGACCAGGCGGUGGCUGAGUCUCCCUCCCCCCAUAGGGACACCCACUGGGGACAUUCAGACACUCGGUUGUACUGUGGGAAACUUAGAAAUCUCUGUAGAGUUAUUCCAUGAGUGAACGUGUCUGUGGCCAGCUCAGUUACUCAUAUUCUUGCUUCUGGUGUGUGCUCUGCAGUGCAUUUAUCGCCGGCAGUCCAAACAGAUCCGCAACCUGUUGCCUCAGUAAACAGCACAAAGUGCAGGUUGGUUUGGUGAUGGCCUCGCUGAGCACAGCCAGACUCCCUCUGGGGGCUGUUAGCUCAGCUGGAGGGCUGUGUGUGCAUCCGUCACUGAGAGUUCGAAUCGGGCAUCGCUCAGAAUCAAAGCCCAGCUGCCCCCAACCCCUCCGAUAGCAAACCAAGCUGGAACACCAGGAGGUUUAUUUUCUGCUAAACUUCUUCACCCUUUACAAGAGACACAGAGCCCUCAUAGGGGCUGUGACACCCCAGAGCUUUGUGCCUGUGCUGGGGGGGUGGGCUGCAGGGAAGCUCCUCCAGCCCCUCGCCCACAUUGUCCCCCCCCCAGCACCGCCUGCUCUUUUUCAGCCGCUCCCAGCGCUUUGCUUGGCCUGGGCUUUGCUGCCCAGGGAAAUUGCAGCUUCCCGUGACGGCAUUUUUUACCCUCCCAGCUGUAUUUCUGAUUCUCCUCUCGCUGUCCCUCCCUGCUGCACAGCCACAGCCUCUGUGUGAGCUCGGCAGCAGUCGCGGUGGCCCCGCUGCAUCUUCCAGCCCUGACACGCAUCACCGCGGCUGGGGACGCGGGGUUGGCCCCCUGGGGCUCUGCUUGCAGUACUGUGUGUGGUGAGGAGGACCGGGCCCUUCCCAGGGCUGCCAUUCCUCCAGGCCAUGCUUUACGUGGCUCUCAGAAACGCUCCUUUUCCCUUCUUUCCCCUUCAGGUGGAAGACCAAACCCUGAGCUUUGCGCAGCGCAGCUCCCCUGGAAUAAGCUAGUUGUGAUUUGUCUAUGAUGCUUUUGCUCGUGCUGUCUGGGUAGUGACGUGUUUCGAGGCCCUGGGCUGUGCUUUGCUGCUUGUGACCCGCAUGUCCCCCACCGCCCCACGUGCCCACGUCCCACGGGCACAACGCGGCCGUUCCGCUCCCAGGGCGCAGCGCAGCCCUGCGGGGGGAGAGCCCAGGGAUGUGCCCGGCUCUGCUCGCUUCGCGUCGGGUCACGUUGCUCUGUUCCCAGCUCAGGACGCUCUGAGCCCCCCAGUAUCACCCCCCCAAUAUCACCCCCAACGGCGCUCGCAUCGCAGGGGGGUGAUGGGGGUGGCAGAGGUGCCCCGACCGCUUUGUGCUCAGAGAGGACGUGGCGGCUGUGUGAGCGCUACCGAGAUGUUAGUCCUUAGGUAUAUGCAAUAAUCCAUACUUAACUCGCCACUUCAGCUGUUUGUUACCAGCAGUAGUUCUCUAUGCUCUUUCUGUUGAUGUUUACUAAUGUAAACCCAGUAUUUGUUACUGUAAGAGAGUUUUUUGUACGGUACUUCAAAAAAAAAAAAAAAAAAAAACGGAAAAAAAAAACCCACAAAUAAAACAGACUUAAUGAGAUGA